AAGGAAAUAGCGUAGGAAAGUUCCAUAUUGACUUGAGUUACAUUUUUCUUUUAAAACUGUACUCUACCACCAAAACUAGCACAGUGAGUGAAAAUGGUUUCAACCUCUAACUUUGGAGUAAAAGCCAGAUAUGCAAGAGGUGUGAUAGUAUUUCUUUACUUGUUUCUACUUCCACACAAAACUUAUUCACAACCUUGUUCUUCUUCCUGUGGAAAAAUUUCCAACAUAACUUAUCCAUUCCGACUAAAACACGACCCAGACCACUGUGGCAACAAUUUGUACGAGUUGAAUUGUCUAAACAACGUUACAGUAUUGAAGCUGUAUGAUGCUGAAUAUUUGGUGCAAUCAAUCAAUUACAACAAUUACACAAUACGAGUUGUUGACCCAAACAUUCAACCUACCAACUGCUCCUCUCUCCCUCACUUCUUCUUAUACAGAAACAAUUUUACCCAAAAAGAUACUAAUUCAUACAAAUACAGCUUCCGUCGAUCGAAUUCCACGUUUGAUUAUUCCGAUAGAAUUGAUUUAUCCAGGCCUGUAAUUUACCUGAAGUGUACAAGUCCACCUAGUAACGUUGUGGAUAAAUAUUAUACGGAUACAACUUCAUGCCUGGAUGAACACACAUAUGUUAUUGUCGGGGACCCACAACUUGGAAUAUUGCAGCCUCAAUGCCGUGUUAAGCUUGUUACUCUCACAUCCUUCUGGGUUCCACCACCAUCUGUAUUUAGCAUCAACAACAUUAUAGGCAACGUUUCAUACAUAGAUAUUCAUAAGGCACUAGGCUAUGGAUUUGAAAUUUCCUGGAUGCAAGCCUCUUGUCGUUGUGAUUAUUGCUACCUCAAGGACCCUACUAGCGAGAUUCAGUGUUACGACUUCUACUCACGGUGGAUGUAUCUGGCCGACAUUCUGUUUGGUUUUGUCGUUGGCAUUAUUCGAGGACUUCGUGAGCUAGCAGGCAUGAAUAAUAAUUCGGACUAUGUUAAUAUUGGCGGUGAAUAUGUUGGAGCAUUUACAGGAAGGUAUGUUCUGCCAUGGAUUACAGUUAGAAUUAUGUUGGGCAUCAUACUUUUCUCUGCGUUGUUGAUCUAUAAAUAUCGAAGAAGACAUGCAUCAAUAUAUGAAAAUAUCGAAGAUUUUCUGCAAAAUAAUACACUCAUGCCAAUAAGGUAUUCAUACAAAGAGAUAAAGCAGAUGGCAAAAGGUUUCAAGGUAAAAUUGGGUGAAGGAGGUUAUGGAGAUGUGUAUAAAGGAAAUCUAAUAAGUGGUCCAUUUAUAGCCAUAAAGAUGUUGAAAAUUAAAUCAAAAACUAAUGGGCAAGAUUUCAUAAGUGAAGUUGCAACCAUAGGGAGAAUAUACCAUUCAAAUGUGGUAAGACUCAUUGGGUUUUGUGUCGAAGGAUCAAAACGCGCUCUUGUUUACGAGUACAUGCCCAAAGGCUCACUUGAUAAAUAUAUUUUCAACAAAGAGGGAGUUAUAUCUCUUACUAACGACCAAAUAUAUGAGAUAUCUCUUGGAGUGGCUCGUGGAAUUUCAUAUCUUCAUCAAGGGUGUGAUAUGCAAAUUUUGCAUUUUGAUAUUAAGCCUCACAACAUCCUUCUUGACGAAAAUUUCAUCCCUAAAGUUUCAGAUUUUGGUCUUGCAAAGCUUUAUCCUAUUGACAAUAGCAUUGUCGCUUUGACAGCAGCAAGAGGAACAAUUGGUUACAUGGCUCCUGAAUUGUUCUACCAAAAUAUUGGGAGAAUAUCACACAAGGCCGAUGUGUAUAGUUUUGGAAUGCUUCUGAUUGAAAUUGCAAGUAGGAGUAGAAAUUUGAAUUCACAUGCUGAGCAUUCAAGCCAACUUUAUAUCCCCUUUUGGAUUUAUGAUCAAUUGGUUAAAAAUACAGUGACAGAAAUGGAAGAUGUGAUUAUGGAGGAAAUUAAUGAUGUUUUGAAGAAAAUGUUCAUAGUUGGAUUAUGGUGUAUACAGUUGAAACCCAUUGAUCGUCCUUCAAUGAAAAAAGUAGUAGAGAUGCUUGAAGGAGAUAUUGAAAAUAUGGAAAUGCCUCCAAAGCCUUUGUUAUAUCCACAUGAAACAAUUCAAGAGAAUCUUGAUAGUAACUCAAAUGAAACUGAAUCAGAUUGGCCAACCAGUUAUUCGGAGGAAAUUGUAACCAAUCCUUUACUGAAGUAAUUAUGUGUGUUUUACAUUUUGAUUGUUUUGUUGUCUGAUGAAUUAUGGCAUAAUGUUACUAUGUAGUGUUUGCUUUACUUGUAAAAAAUGAAACAUGAAUUUGUUACUUUAUUACCUAAAUGUAAUCUUUGCAUGUGCAAUAUAUAAAAACAAUACAUGGGUUGAGUAACUCAAGUGGUUUGAGCUAA